AUGAGCUUUUGGCUUGGUAAAAAGAAUCCAAAAAGCAGUCGUUCUAGAACAAGUCCUACUUCACGACCUUUAUUCCUUUCACCCCCUUUUAUUGAAGCUUCAUUGGUAGAAGGAAGUUUCAAAAAAUUUGUUGUCUUGCCAAAAUAUGUAGAUGAAGAUGAAUGGCUGGCAGUAAAUGUGUUUGAAUUCUUCAAUUAUUUAAAUAUGUUUUAUGGAACUGUUACGGAUUUCUGUACAGCCAUGAACUGUUCUACAAUGAGCGCUGGCCCUGGAUUCGAGCCAUAUACUUGGACAGAUCAAAAUCAAAAGAAAAGUACAAAAUUACCAGCUCCAACUUACAUAGAUUAUGUGAUGACAAUGGUUCAAAAUUUAAUUAAUGAUGAAAAUGUUUUCCCUACAAAGGCUGGUCGAGAAUUUCCAAAAGAUUUUCAACAAACUGUUAGAUUAAUAUUUAAACAAUGUUUUAGAGUGUUUGCUCAUAUUUAUUAUCAUCAUUAUGAACAACUUUUGCAUCUUCGUGAAGAAAAGCAUUUCAAUUCUUUAUUUGCACAUUUUAUUUCUUUUGCCAAAGAAUUUAGUUUAUUGCCAGAUAAAAAAGAAUUAGCUCCUUUGGAAGAAUUAAUAAGUUAUAUGGAAAGUAAGGGUAGAAUUUGUUAG